AUGGGUGGCUCCCAACUCAAGCAACUCAAGUCUGCCAUUGCCGCCUCUGGACUCUCCCAGCCGUCCUCUCAAUCCUCCAAAAAACGGAAACGGGGCUCAUCUACGGGCGCCGUCCUCGAGCGACGCGACAAACGCGCAGAAAAACUGCAAGCACUCCAUGAACGCUUCAAUCCAUUCGAUACAAAGGUCGAAAAACUAAAGCAUGACAUUGGAGGAAGACGGAUAAAGGGUACUGUGGGACGUCCAGGCCAGGCAAAGCAAGCAGGCAUCGAGCAGAGGAAAAAGACUCUACUCGUAGAAUAUGAGAAAAAGGACAAAGCGGGCGCGCUCGUCGACAGACGGUUUGGCGAAAAUGACCCGACAAUGUCCUUGGAGGAACGAAUGCUCGCUCGUUUUACAAAGGAGAGACAGAGAUCGUCAAAAGGAACCAUGUUCAAUCUCGAAGACGACGACGAGCUCACGCAUUAUGGUCAAAGCCUCUCAAAACUAGACGACUUUGACAAUGUCGGUCUGCAGCUGGACGAAGACGAGGAAGAUGAUGCUGGGCAAAUCGAUGCCGCCACCGUCCGAGCCACCCACUUCCAGGGGUUUAGCGACGAAGAAGACGGUGACCAUGAGGACGGGCCACCCCGCAAAAAGACCAAAGCCGAGGUCAUGGCAGAGGUCAUUGCAAAGAGCAAAGAGCACAAGUAUGCUCGACAAAUGCAACGAGAACAAGACGAAAACACGCGUCAUCUCCUCGACGAAGACUUUGAUUCGAUACGAGGCAUCCUAUUCUCGCAAGCUCCCGACCGGAUCUCACCCCCACCUAUCCCAUCCACGACUGCUUCCUCAGCUCUGAAUAGUGUCCCCGUACAAAAGCCUGCUACCGACAAGGACUACGACGCAUUUGUGCACGAGCUCGCGAUGGACCGUCGCGCACAGCCAAAGGACCGUACAAAGACCGAGGAAGAGCUGGCUUUGGAAGAAAAAGAAGCACUCGAGCUUGCGGAGAAGAAGCGACUGAGGCGAAUGAUGGGGAUGCGGGAGAGCGACGAUGAGGAUGAAGGGAGGGGUAAGCGGAAGAGAGGUGGAGAUGAUUUAGACGACGACUUUUUGCUUGACGAGGAUACGCUCGAGGGUCUUGGAGCGGGGUUAGCUCAGCCAAAGGACGAAGACAAUGACGACGACGAAGACGAGGAAGUCGAUUCCGGAGAGGAUGGUCCCGACUCGGAGAGCGGCUCGGACGAAGAGGAGAGUGAAGGAGACGAAGAGGACUACGGUCCCUCCGACGAGGGUGAGGAAGCAGAAGAAGGGUCCGUCGAAGCGCUCGCUCCUACUCAAGCCAAGAUAAAGGUCAAAACCAAACGCAGCAAGGAGAUUCCAUUUACCUUUCCCUGCCCAACUACACACGACGAGCUCUUGCAGAUUCUCGACGGCAUCGACGACUCGCAUUUCCCGACAGUCAUUGAACGAAUACGCAAGUUGCAUCAUCCCAGUCUACAUCCAGAUAACAAAACCAAGUUGCAGGCACUCAUAGGUGUUCUCCUUGAUCAUGCUCUGUACGUUGCCAGCGGGGAUUCACCGUCGGCGACGAUUCUAGACGCCAUCGCAUCGCACACAUAUAGCCUCACCAAAACCUAUCCCAUCCCCUCUGCAGAGUUCUUCGUCUCCAAGCUCAACCUGAUGCAAAAGAACCUCACGCGAGGACUCCAAAACCCGCUCGAUGAGGCUAGCAAGACGUUUCCUGGUGCUCCAGAACUCGUGCUUCUCCGCAUUCUCGGCGCGACGUGGUCGACGAGCGAUAUGAAGCAUCCCGUCGUCAGUCCUGCAAAGUACCUCAUGGGUGCCUAUCUCGGCCUCAGCCGUGUGCGGAGUAUGACGGACGUUGUCAGCGGUUUAUACUUAUGCUCUCUAUUUAUGCACUACGAACAGCUCUCCAAGCGCUAUGUCCCCGAGGCGAUCAAUUUUCUUGUUCAAUCUCUUUUACUCCUCGUUCCAUCUGCCUAUCCGAAUGCACGAAAGGUCCCUGGAUAUUUCCCUCUUCCAGAUUUUGAUCUUCUGGAGUCGAAACUCCGCAUCAAACCGAAGAAAGUAGGGAGUCUGACGCCACGUGCGCCAAAGAUUUUCGAGUUGUUGGACCAAGUCACGUUUUCGGAGCAAGAUAAACUCGAUCUUUUCUCAAUGACGCUCGAACUGCUCAAAUGGUGUGCAGAAAUGUACAAGCCACUCGAUGGAUUCAUCGAACUCUACGACCCCAUUCUGCAAAUUCUCCAUUCCAUCCAAAGCAACUGCAGGAGCCGCUUAUCGGACACGACCCAAAGUAGGCUCGACGCCGUAGUCGACCACGUAUCUAGACUACUCAAAUUUGCUCGUCAAGCUAGAAGGCCCCUCUUCCUCCAAGACCACAAACCAAUCCCGAUUGCAACCUACAUCCCCAAAUUCGACGCCCACAGCUCCUCGUAUAUCCGCAACCACGACCCAGACGCGGAACGGGCCCAACUGGCCAAGCUAAAAGCGCAGCAUCGCAAAGAGAAAAAGGGCGCGAUGCGCGAGUUGCGCAAGGAUAAUCGGUUCCUUGCGGGUGUCCAGCAGGAACGGCAGGAGAAGAAGGAUCAAGAGUAUAAAGCUCGCAUGGCAAAGGCGUUUGCAGGGCUCGAGAGUGAGCGUGCGGAGCAGAGAAAGGAGGAAAAGGAAAAGAGAAGGGCGAAGCGAAGGGCAGGUAAAUAA